AUGACAGACAACGAGUCCCGGCUAUGCCACGUAUGUGCAUCUAUAAACCCUUACAAGCCAUGCCAAGGCCCUGAAUAUCGACCCCGUGGGGUUUCAUACUCCACUCAUCUCUUCUACCCUCAUCAUGCCUCCGUUGCGGAUCUACAAAACUCCGCUAAGAGAUACAAGUGCCAACUUUGCGUCCUCAUCUUGACAAGCGUCUCCAACCACAAGCCUGAGGAUGUCGCGGAGGAGGAUGAGUGGGACUUUGUUCUUGACGAGGCGGGCUCCGAAGAAUCUGCUGAGGGCAAUGUUCCCGAAGCAGUUGUCGAGGCUCACAACAAAACUUUUGGAAACAAGAAUUCACCAGCCAUACGGCCGGAUGAUGUAGAUUCUCCUAUUGUUCUGGAAUUGGUGUUCAGAGAAUGUGACCGGUCUGAAUUGGAGAGUCGUUGUAGCGAUUUCAUCGUUCAUUGGACAAGUGAACACGAAGAUGGAAACGGCCCUACUCGACAGAAAACAACUGGCCUCUGUUUGGUAUCUGGACUUGAAGAUGAUUUAACAAGCUUUUAUGAGUCCCACGAUGGAUUAGCAGACCAAGAUACAGGAAGCAUCCCAGCAUUGGAUCUAGCGAAGGUCUGGUUUCAGUCUUGCGAUUCGUCUCAUGAACAAUGUCGAAGGGCCAGAGACUUGCGAGCUCGAUACUUGCCGACACGCGUGCUGGACGUCAAGGAUGAGAAAAAUAUUUUCGUUUACGUCCCUGGGAGGAAGCAAAGAGAUGAGUAUGUCAGCCUGAGUCAUUGUUGGGGUAUCGGGAAGCAGUUCAAACUGGAAACCGGGUCUCUAAAAAGCCGACAAGCGAAUAUCAAUCUGCAUGAGAUGCCCAAAACAUUCCAGGACGCAGUCCGUAUUACCAGACACAUAAGCUUGCGCUAUCUCUGGAUUGACAGUCUCUGCAUCAUCCAAGACUCGGAGAAGGAUUGGCUGCAGGAGGCUGCGAAGAUGGGUCAGUAUUACCGCGAUGCCAGCUUCACCAUAUUUGCCGGGGCGGCAGACGGCGACGAUAAGGGCUGCUUCUGGGAUCGAGAUGGUAGAAUGGCCGCCCCUUGCAGGACAGCAAUAUUUGACAAGCUGCUUCCGGUCAUGAAGCCAGGAAGUGGGAACUCUGGUUCCUUCGUCCAGAGGAUCUCCCACCACUGGGGCCGAACCCCAAUGCCAGCGCAGUAUCACUUCCUAGACACUGUCAGGACUUUAGACCCACGACCAAAUCCACUCAAUGAGAGAGGUUGGACCUUGCAAGAAUGGGUUCUCUCUUCUCGCGGUCUCAUCUUUGAUGAAUGGGAGGUGAGAUGGUGCUGUCCGACGACUGAGUCUUGUGAAUGUAUACCUGAGGGCAGAGAGCGACAGCAUCUACCAGCAUGGUAUGGGUUUCCCGACCAGGCGAGCGGAGUAAAUGGCACGGCAAAGAAAGAGCCAGACAAUCAGACAUCCAGGCUGCUAGCGCUUUCCUGGAACCAAAUGAUCCGUCUCUUUUCUACGAGAAAACUGACAUAUCCCAAGGACAAGCUCCCAGCCCUGGCUGGAGUGGCUGCCGAACUCUUGAAUGAAAGCAUGGGACCCUACUUGGCCGGUCUGUGGCAGCAUAACCUGCGUCGAGAUCUUGCUUGGUGGGUUCCAGCGGUGGCCUUGAACUCGUCGCCAGAUGUCACUCGUCGCGCAGCCAGUUAUCGCGCACCGAGUUGGUCUUGGGCAAGCAUCGAUGGAGAACUCAGAACCACCACCAUCUAUAGAGUAAGCGAGGAGACCGCUUUGCGGGGAUUGACGAGGCAAGCGCGCAAUUCCGAGUGUCAGAUCGUCAAGUGCGAAACCAUACCGCGGAGCUCUUUAAACCCUCUAGGAGCGGUGGCAAGUGGCAUUCUCGUUCUGAGAGGCCGUAUGCGAUGCGCAGAUAUGUUGCCACCCUCCAUCCAUCAUGGUUUCAAUACCAUAACGAUAAUAGACCCUGAAACAAAAGAAGAACUCGGUCAGUUCCUCCCAGACGAUACUUCUGCUCCUCCUCGCUACACCAAGAUCUGGUGCGUUCUUCUCUACACUGGGUCCGACUUGGAUAUUACGUGCCUUGCACUCCUCCAAGCCGCGGAUGGAGAAAGGCUUGCUGCGCAACAGCACUUCUCGAUCCAGCCAGAUGCAUUUUGUAGAGUUGGAAUAGUGCGUCUCAAAUGGAGAGACCCGGCCAUGGGCGAGGCUGUAGGCAAUGGGUACACGCAUGAUGGAGGAGCCGUCAACUAUGAGGCUAAUGAGGACUUGUGUACAUUGGCCGUGUUGCUUGACUGGUUGAACAGAGGCAUAGAGCAAGAUAUAUGUAUCAUUUGA